AUGGCUCCUCCUCGCCGCAAUCUCCUGCCUAAGGAUCGAUUCGCCUUCGCCUUCGGGGGUCUCAAGACCCAAAGCUACCAUGAUCCUAUUGCACGAACCCCCGGAUCACACACAAUCCGAACAAUAGCAUGGAACCCAACUGGUCAACUCAUCGCGACCGGCUCCGCAGACCGUACCCUUCGAAUCUGGAACCCCGAACGUGCGCAGGUCAAAUACUCCACCGACCUGCGUGGUCAUACCGCGGGCAUCGAGAAGGUCCUCUUCAAUCCUGUGCGAGACUCCGAACUGGCCAGCUGCUCGACGGAUGGCACCGUGCGCAUCUGGGAUGUACGCUCCAAGACGUGCGUGAGCCAGCUCGACGUCGGCGGCGAGGCCUUCACCUUAUCCUGGUCCGCAGAUGGCAGCGUGAUGAUGGUCGGAAGGAAGGAUGAUACUCUGAUCCCCAUCUCCGUUGAAUCUCUCUCUACCCCGACGAUCCUCUCAGACACGACCAAGCCCCCCGAAUCUUCUUCAACCAUCUACAAGACUCUCGAUCCGCAUCCCCAGUCCGUCCAAACCAACGCGACCACCUUCUCACACCACAUUUCCACCUCCGACUCGCCCGACCUCCACCUCUUCGCCACCACCGGCGAAGGAACAGUCAAGAUCUUCUCCUACCCUUCCUUUGAUCUCCUACAUACCCUGAACGCCCACACAUCCGCCUGUCUGGCCAUCGCCCUUGCGCCCACCGGUCGCUACCUUGCUGUCGGCGGCAGCGACGCACUUAUCUCCCUCUGGGACACGACGGACUGGAUCUGCCGUCGCACCGUGUCCAGUAACAACGGCGGCGCGGUGCGCGGCGUCAGCUGGAGCUUCGAUGGGAGAUUCAUAUGCGGUGCCUGCGACGAGCUCGGUUGUGGUGGGAAUGGUAUCGAGAUCUUCCAUGCCGAGACCGGUGAAACCGUGUAUACCGUCCCUACGGGUGGGGGCGUCAAUUCGGGGAUCCCCGCCGUGGCGUGGCAUCCGUCGCGGUAUUGGUUGGCAUAUUCGACCACGGCAGAUGGGCCGGGAAGUGGUGGGUUGAAGAUUGUUGGUGCUGGAGGUGGAGGUGGUAGCCUGUAA